GACGAGUCAGACGGAGGAGAAUCAACAGCUGGUAUACGCACACUUACUCGAUUCUCCUUCUCUCUUUUCUCUCGUGAUGAGUCGACGAGGUCGUAGGGCACCAGAGGAGGUCAUUAGAAAAAUGGAAGAGGAAGAAGAGGAACGGUUUAUUAUACCGCAAGUUCAACCAGAAGGAUGUUUUGGAGCGAGACAUGUCUUGGCUCUCAUGGGUUUCCUUGGAUUUGCCAAUGUUUAUGCGAUGAGAGUCAAUUUGUCAGUUGCGAUUGUUGCAAUGGUCAACAACACAGCCAUUCCACAUGUUAACAAAACAGAGUCAGAUGCUUGCCCAGUGCCAAGUGCCAACCAAACUGAGCCCAGUCAGGAUGGAGAAUUUGUGUGGACUGAAUCUGAACAAGGUAUCAUCCUUGGUUCAUUUUUCUGGGGUUACGUUCUGACCAACAUGGUGGGAGGAAGGUUGGGUGAGGUCAUUGGUGGAAAGCUUGUUUUUGGAUUUGGUGUGCUAGUUACAGCUAUAUUGACAUUGCUGACUCCUGUUGUAGCACGGGCAAGCACCCCUUUGCUGAUUGCUCUUCGGGUUAUUGAGGGGCUAGGAGAGGGAGUGACAUUUCCUGCAAUGAACUCGAUGAUGGCAAAAUGGAUCCCACCUUUAGAGAGGAGCAAAAUGGGCUCGCUGGUUUAUGCUGGAGCACAGUUUGGGACGGUAGUGUCUCUCCCAAUCUCAGGACUACUGUGCCAGAGUAACUUUUUAGGAGGGUGGCCAUCUGUCUUCUACGUAUUUGGGGUAUCAGGAGUCGUGUGGUUUUUCCUGUGGAUGGUGCUGGUCUACAAAACACCCGAGUCACACCCACGGAUUUCCUUAGACGAGAAGAUCUACAUUCAGACUUCACUCAACCAGUCCCCAAGUGAUAGUGGAGCAAAGAAGAUUCCAUGGAAGCACAUUCUGCGUUCGAUGCCCUUCUGGGCCAUCUUUGUAGGCCACAUUGCACAGAACUGGGGCUUCUACACUCUCCUAACCGAACUUCCUACUUACAUGAAAAAUAUAUUGCAUUUCAAUAUAGCGAGUAACAGCUUUGUAUCAGCCUUGCCAUACUUGAUAAUGUGGCUCUUUAGUAUCGCUUCAGGACUUCUUGCUGAUCAUCUUCGCACUCAAGGCAUCCUCACAACAACUGCGACAAGGAGAAUCUUUAACAGUAUUGGACUAUAUGGGCCCAUGAUAUGCCUGGUCCUGGUUGGUUAUGCCGAUUGCAACAAAGACGCAGCGAUUGGUUUGCUCUGCGGUGCUGUCGGUCUCAAUGGAGCAGUUUACUCGGGUUACAUGAACUCACACUUGGACUUGGCACCCAAUUUUGCUGGCACUCUGAUGGGCAUCACUAACACUUUUGCCACCAUACCUGGUUUUGUAGCUCCUCAGGUGGUUGGCCUACUCAUCGAUGGGCACGAAACAAUAGGUAGAUGGAGGAUCGUUUUUUGGAUUGCAGGAAUUGUCUAUUUUAUUGGGAAUACCUUCUAUAUCAUCUUCAUCACUGGAGAACAGCAGGAGUGGAAUGAUUUGGAUAACCCACAAGAUGAAACCAAGGUCAUCCAUGGUGCAUCUCCGCCCGGUCAGUAUGGUUCUUUUGAUCCGCGAAGAAGUCAUUUAAACCCGACAAGUGCUGUGGAUGGAGCCUCUUCUCCUACAACAAUACCAGAGAUUUUUUAAUCACUCUAGAAUCAACGUUAAUGACUUGGUUAAGUGAUGUUGAGUAUUUUAGACAAUCACAUACAAGUCUUGUGAGACCUUCAGAAAUGAGUAUAUUGUAAAAGUUUAAGUUAUUUCCUUUUUGAAGGAUUUUUAUAUUAAAUGUGGAUUUUAAACACA